ACAUCAUCGCCGCGUGGGGGCCGGAGCUGCGCCACCGGAACUUUAAAUUGGAAGAUGAAAGGCAGUGUUACUGAGGAAUGGCUCUAUUUGGACUUCUCCCAUCAAUAUGAAGAUUGCAUCUUUCCUCUUCAUUCAUCUGUAGCCUUAUUUUUGCUGUCCUACUGUGACUGCAAAUUAUUCAAAGUUUUCUUAGUGCCUGCUGGUGAAAGUGCAGAUGACCAGCUUGAGGGCAAAGCAUUGCCUAGUGAUCCCAAGUUGCACUUUACCUCAAGGUGUCAGCUUCCUUUGGUAGUCCAGAACUGCUGUUUGCCUGCUAUUGUGGGGAAAGAUGGCAAAUUCUGUCGAGCUGGUCUUGCUGUUGUGCUGAGGUACAUAGUACAGAAAACAUAUGAGGCUGACCCAUCAAAUAAGGAAGCUUUAGAACUUUUGGGAUUUAAAAAAACCUGCUUAAAAGCCUGUGCUGAAGUUAGCCAGUGGACCAGACUUUGUGAAAUCAGCAUCCCUCUGGCUGUUGAGAGCUUUUUGACUGCAUCUCCUGAACAGUGUCAGACUAUUCCACCUGAGGUUUUGCAGCUUGAGAAAAAGCUUGGAGAACCUGUCAGGGUGCACAACGAUGACAAAAUCCGAAGGCAGAAACUGCAGCAGCAAAAUACAGCUGACAAUACUGCUUCACUGCCUGCACUUGCAAUGGGAAACACAGAAGAAGGAAUAAUAGAAGAAAAGCAGGAGCAAACACUCACAAGCUUGGAACUGAGAGUGGCUUUUUCCAAAUUAACUGUGCAGGAAGUACCAGCUACAACCAACAGGGAGCCCCCUCUCAUCAGGAAAAUGAAAACCUCUGACCUCCCACCCUUGGAGCAUAUUUUUGCUGAAGGACUUUAUUUUACCCUGGCAGACCUUGUGCUUUUACCAUGCAUCCAUCAAUUCCUGCUCUUCAGUAAGAAGCAGAACAGAAAACUAUUAGAUUUGCCUCUGAUAUUGGGUUGGUACCAAAGAGUUCAGGAAGUACCUGGAGUAAAGGCAGCUGCUUCUAAGAGCAAUAUGCAGUUUCUCCAGUUUCCAGACUUGCUGUCUUCCCCAGAAGAGCAUCUCCAAGAUUUCAGUACAUUUUCUGAUGGGUCAGAAGAGGACCAUGAAGACAAACAGUUUAUAGGUGGUCCAAGGCCAACCAUGACAAAGUUAAUGGAAAGAGGCAUUGAAGCAACAUUUUCUCCUCACCCAACCCCAUGCUGGACACUGGACUGGAGCAAUCUACCAGCAGCAGUCAAUCCUGGAGAAGGAAAGAUGUCCAGCGAGCGUGCUUUGAGAAAACAGCAGCAACUGAACAAUUUGGUGGCUAUGGUGACAAACCUCAGUAAACCUGGAAAUGUGAUUGUGGAUUUUUGCAGUGGAGGGGGCCAUGUUGGGAUUGUUCUUGCUCACAUGCUGCCAUCUUGCCAGGUGGUGCUAAUAGAAAAUAAAGAGUUGUCAUUGGUUCGUGCUAAAGACAGAAGCGAUGAACUAGGAUUAAAUAACAUUUGCUUCAUUCAAGCAAAUCUGGACUAUUUUAAAGGGACUUUUAAUAUUGGGGUUGCUCUGCAUGCUUGCGGAGUGGCAACAGAUAUGGUGAUUGAGCACUGCAUCAAGGUUCACGCAGCCUUUGUUAUCUGUCCUUGUUGUUACGGUUUCAUUCAGAACACAGCGAAGUUUACAUUUCCACGAAGUCAUCGGUUCAAGGAAGUUCUAUCCUAUAAGGAGCACAUGAUUCUCUGCAGAUUUGCAGAUCAGACGGCUGUCCAGCUUCCACCCGAACGCAAGAUAAUAGGAAAACAGUGUAUGGGGCUGGUGGACCUGGAUCGGGCAUGGGCUGCAGAAGCAUACAACUAUUCUGUCCAAGUGAUAUCCAUGGAGCCAGAGAGUUGCUCCCCAAAGAACAACAUGGUAGUUGGUAUCCCUGUUUAGAGUAAGGGAUUUAUAUUUAAUUUUAACUUAAGCAUCAGUCCUCAUGAUCAAAGCCUGAUGACAUCUACAGAAUUGAAACCAUAGCUAGGAACCAGACAUCAAACAUCUUGAACCCAUUGUCUUGGGAAAAGGAAGCAGGAAAAAGUUUGGAAAGUCAGCUGCCUGCAGAGCAUCACAAAUCUUCCUUGUAACUAUUGUUUUUAGAGCAUCCCCUGACUUCCCACCUAGCUCCAGAGUAACAUCCAUCAGCAAAGGUUCAACAGAGUUUGGUUUUAUUGCUGAAAGGAUGAUUUCCUUUUUAAUAUUGGCCUCCCUACUGGUCCUACAUUUGAAAUUGCAUCUCAGGAAAAGAUACACAUUCACAAGCUGAGCAUGCUUCUGGCACUAACAUAGACCUUCAGAUGGGCAGUAAAAGUUACUGACUGCAUGGUAGUUUAAUUUUAAAAUAUCUAGUCAUAUUUACAGCAUGACAGGGUAGACUGUACAGUAGACUGCACACUUCGUAUGGGUUGAUUUUUGCUGUAAAUUUUCUACCCUGUUGUAACUGUACUGUUUUUCAUAAAGAUAUUUGAAAUACUGCUCACCAAAGAUAUAUUUUUAAUCUCAAUAUUUUUUUUAACAUUUAACAUUUUUUUGGACAUAGCACAUGAAGAUUUUGAGCUCAGGAGUAUGAAAGAGCAGACAGUGGGAGAGGAGGUUGAUACUAUACGGACUUCCUAGUACUUCAUUGCCAUUUCUACCAACCAGGAUGUGUUCUCUUUAGCUUGGUAGACUCAUUGACAAUGCUAGUUAAUGUUUUUCCAUUAUUGAAACUAAUAAAUGUGUUUGGAGAUGCUGAUUUGUUACUUCCAUUAUCCUUGGUUUAUUUUUUGUCUUUAUUUACAGUUUGUACAAAGUUACAGCAAGAGAACCAUGUGACAAUAUCAUCCAUGCAUAUGCUACAUUAAAAAAAAAUAAAUCUGUUGUGUUCCAACUG